UUCACGCCUGAACAUUUUUGUAUUAAUAUAGAAGCUUUUGGGGAACACCUCAGAUCAAAACCAUAACAGAUAGGGAUUACAUCAUACCUUCAGCACCAUCUAGCUAAGAAGUUUUGGAUGUUCAGCAGACAUAUGGAUACACAAGUGCAUGGUGGGGUGAGCGUGGGUAGAUGGAACAGGGAAUAAUCAGGGCUGAGGGCCAUAAGGCAGAGAGAAUAACUAAGUGACCCAAGGCAUGAGGCAUCACCCCUUGGAUUAUGUACCCUGCUACCAUCAAUGUUCCCAUCUGGUACUGUGUUUCUCUCUUUCAGAUUUCUGUUCACAGGACUUUAACUCAGGUGUGAAGCCAGGAUUUCCCAAAACAAUAAAGACUGAUGACCCAGGAGUCCUCAAAGCUGCCAGACACAGUGUGGAAAAGUUUAACAACUGYACAAAUGACAUCUUCUUGUUCAAGGAGUCCUACAUUAGCCGAGCACUGGUACAGGUAGUGAAAGGCCUGAAAUACAUGCUGGAGGUGGAAAUCGGCAGAACUACAUGCAGAAAAACCACACAUCAUCCCCUGGACAAUUGUGACUUCCAAACCAACCCUGACUUGAAGCGCAUUCUGAGUUGCUAUACUGAAGUUUGGGUCAUCCCCUGGCUCCGAAAGUUCGAGGUGCCUAUUAUUCGUUGCCAGUGAGUUCUGACUUUCGCCUGAGUUCUGCCUGACUUUCGCCUGCCUCUUCAGCAAAACUUUGGCUGUAAGGACACCCACCAUACUUGUGCUCUUCGUUUCCUUCAGCCCCAGCACUGUGCCCAGCUGAUACAAACCUUUAAGGACCUUCUCAUGUGUAGGCAGAUGGAAGUGCUAAUGGGUCAUUACAGAGUAGCUGGAGUGGGAAAAUGAUAGUACAUCAUGGCCAGAUUAAAUAUAUCACAUUUCCUUCUGUAACUUUAUUGAUGCUGUACUCUUAGAUAGAGGGUCUGAACCUGUAUGGGUCUGAGUCUUUUGAUGGGCCUCAUUGGGGUUGGGGACAGACAGAUGUAGGCUGACCUGAGGGGGAGGACAGGGUACUCUCUCCUAUCUCUCACCCCAUGGAGAGUCAAGGCAUCCAUCUCUUGGUUUCAGUUAUUAGCAUUAUAGCACUAGAUCUGGGACAAGUGUGCUACUGAUCACUUGAUCUCUGAGGAUGAUUAAAGUUAUUAAUAAAAGACUGAUCAUUCCAGUGCAAUGACUCUGUGUGUCACCUUUUAGUAGCAAAGUCAGGAAGAUGAGGAGAGCAGUGCCAGGAGUCCUUCUCAUUGUGUGGUCUGGCAAGUUUAGGUUGCUUUCAUAAAGUUUCUCAGAGGCUUGUCCAGCA